UCCCAGGACAACAUAUCUCUGCAGCGAGAGCACGUCACUACUACACUCACCAGAUGCAUUCAAUUGACUACACAGCCAGGUAGACUUCACAGAAGAUGCUCGACGAACUCCCCUUUGAGCUCCUCUCCCACAUCUACUCCUAUCUCGACACUGCUCAGUCCGUUUCCCAUGUCUCAAGCACCUGUCGCCGUCUCCACAACUUCUCUACAAAAGAAGGAUGGAAGAUCUUCCUCCGCACACGGUUUCCCUCGCUCCCAACGCCCGCCCUGCCCAACGACUACAGGGAGGCUGCCCACGGGCUGACUACGCUCUCUCGCAAUUGGGACCGCAAAGGCUUCGUCGCCCGAUAUCUUGAACCGGCAGGCAGCAUUACUAGUCUUCCAACUUGGGAGCAGGUUCCGCGCUGGCAGCACCCGGAUGGACAGACAAUUGGGUAUCAGCCCUGUAUAGACAGCUACGAGGACUGGACUAGCGGCGACUGGAGCUCGAGGAAGCAGGUCUUAACUUGGUGUGCUGGGACUGAACUGCUCGUCCGAGCGAAGAAUACUGGACGUGACAUACAGGAGUUCUAUGACACUGCCAGUCCAGACGAUCGCAAUUUCUAUUUCGAUCAAUACAAGCACCUCGCUGCAUGGUUCAGAUACGGGAUUCCUGGCGGUAUGGAAGGGCGAGAUGAUAUCACUUCAUUGCAUCUGAUUAGGCCAUAUCAGAAAGCACCCGGAGCCGAGCAUAUAGAAAGCAUCGUGUUUGCAACAGCAGAUGGUGUGCUUCAAAGACUCAACAUUGGGUUGAACGGAGGUCGCACCUCGAGUAUACAGUCCUAUACGACAGAUGGUAUUAUGAUCCACUGCACAUCUCUCUCGCCAUCUAUCUCGCCCCUUCUAGCAGCAGACUCAGGCGUGUCUGGAAUCGCGUUGUAUCCGAUGCAUCAAGAGAACCAGACCGAGUCCCUCUCCGCUUUCAGCCAGAUCGACAUACUUCCAGAAGUAGUCACUCUCAAAGGUUUCAGUAUCUGGGGACUCAAUUUCUUGUCAGAGGAUAAGCUAGGAGUUGGGGUUGGACCAUCGACUGAGCCGUUCCGCAUCCUCGAGGUUUCUCCUGCAGGAUUAGUCAAGGACCCCAUCCGAAGCUACCAAUUCGAAAGGCCAGAAGAUUCACAUCGCCUGGAUGGCCCACCCGGAGCUCCUGUGGAAGUCUCAACAUACUCGGUCAUCCCUCUACCGCCAUCGUCACAAGGUGGCCGUAGCUCUGGGGAGGUCUUCCUCACAGGUGACAACAGUGGCACCAUUCGCCUCCACGACUUGCGUUCUCCCUCGUCAUCUGAAUGCAGCUAUUGGGACACCGCAAACGAUUCCACCAUCUAUGCACUCCAAACCCAAGGUCGGGAAAGAAUUGUUGCAGGUACGGGCCGACAUACUACCGUUAUGGUCUACGAUUUGCGCGUUUCUGGAGGUCGAGCCUACCACAACAUCGAGGUCCCACCAUCAACACAGCGUCACUACAACACUCGUCAUCCUAGAGCCACCAAGCCAAAGGUGGAGAAGAAGUCCGAUGCCCACUACAACUGGAACGUGUUCCUGAACCCACGCGGCGUCAACCAGUUCCGAGCCCAACAUGGCCGACGAUCUCACAACAACCGGUACGAACGCGACUCUCCAGUCUACACCCUGUCCCUGCCGUCCCCAAGCUCGCCUACCCUCUUUGCCGGCGUAGAAGAUGCAGUAAUUCAGCUUGAUUUCACCGGAAUCCUGGACGCGCACCCAGACCCCGUCUUUGCGUCCACAAUAGAGAGGACCCAGCGUGGGGAGAUCAGCGUGAAAAAGAGCUGGAAUCCUAGAGGCGACGUGAUGAACUUCGGAAUGUACGACAAGACGGACGAGAACGCGCUCGGUAUGAACCUUUGGGUGCAGGCAGGCGUAGGCCUGUACAAGGGAACGGCUACGGGGUUGGACGAUAGGUGGAGGGAUCCGAGCCAAGUAGACCCUCUGCCUCAAAGAAGCAACAGGAGUGACACGACGAGCGGCACGUGGCGUGGUGAGUAGUAGAGGUUUUGUUAGAAGAAGUCGUCGGGAAAAGGGUCAUAGAUAGUGGAUAUGUCGUUCUUUGACCGUAAAGUGUACUUGACGAAAUAUCCACAUGAAUGCCUAAUGUUUAAUGAAUUUCAGUAAUUUACAUUUGUUCCUCACAUGCCACACUGUGUAACACACUGUAAAAUGAUCACAU